CCUGAAGGUGGAGGUUUGGCUGUCUCUAAAGCACACUGCCUAAUGUGAGCUACGUUGCACAUAUAGCCAGCAAGGCUGCUGUUGGUAAUGAUCGCACCACAAAUUUUUUCCCUUAGUGAACGGGACGAUAAUACCGAGAUAUCAAGCCUGUGUUAGCAUUUUUCAUUAAAGUCUGCAGGAGUUUACACAGUUGUAGCAAUGGAAUCAGGGACAACAAAUUAUAUUGCUUUGCUCAAUGAAUACGCACAAAAAACUCGCAACACAGUUAAAUAUGAAGAGGUGGGAAUCGAGGGUCCGGAUCAUAUCAGAAGGUUCACCAUACGGGCUGUAGUAUGUGGUCAGGCAUAUCCUGCUGGCACUGGAGCAAAUAAGAAGGAGGCAAAACAAAAUGCAGCAAGAAUCGCCUUGAAUCAUUUGAGGGAGACAGAGAACAGUGAAUCUCAAACACCCCUACCCACUCAGAGUUCAGGACACUCUGCAGCAAUAUCUCAAGUUAACUUUGUUUGCUGGCUAAAUGAAUAUUCUCACAAGACCAAAUUAAUGUUCACUCCUGUUGAGUCAACAAGGCCUGGCCAAACUCCUUACUGUUGUAAGUAUACCAGUGACGAUAAAGAAUUUCCUUUGGCCUCUGGGAGAACAAAGAAAGAAGCGAAAGAGGCAGCUGCAAGACUUGUUUACGAAGACGUCCAGAGAAAGCAGAGCGUUCAGGUUGAUGAAAACUGUAACGGAGUGACCCUCAGUGAAAAUAGUGCUUUAAAUGGAGAAGUCACUUCUAUAAGUGGCAAACUUCAAAGUUUGCAUCUCAGCUCGGCUGCAGAUUACCAAAUCACCAUCAAAGACAAAAACUACAUAGGCAUUUUGAACCACUACUGUCAGAAAAUGAGACUGGUCCAUGAUUUCAAAUUAGUGGAGAGGAGAGGACCAGCCCAUAAUCCAGAAUUUGUUUACAAAGUGGUGAUGGACAAGAAGGAGUAUUCUGAGGGAGUGGGUAAGACGGCAAAAGAGGCAAAGCAGAAUGCAGCCCAGCUGGCCUGGAGUGAGCUUCAAGAGCAGUCUGACUGGAAUAGUCAGGUGUCAGUUAAAUCAACCGUUUCUGAGGAUGAGUCCCUACCCACAGCCUCAACCAUGUAAGUUUCAACUGACUCCAUGAUGCAUGGACUCCCACGCAUGGACUCCCACGCAAAUGCUCCAGCAACCUUGUAUUUAUGAGAAUUGUCUUCCUUUAGUGAGGCUACGGAUGCCCAAAGCUCAUCAAAGGAUAUGACUGAAGACACAAGUAGCAGUCAUUCAAUCAUCUUUAAAGAUUCUUCUUGUCCUGAGCCCCUUAAAGCAGUCGUGAGCCCUGUAGAUACCAAGCCUAAAAGAAAGUUAGCAGCAAAUUUCCAGUUAACACCUAUCAAAAUGAACGAGGGAGGUGCUUUCCCUACUUCGAAGAUUCCCAAUUUGGUCUCAACUGUGAGUUUAUCUAGCCCGUCUACAAAGUCCAGGUUUAAAGAGGAAUUUAGUUCAAUAAAAAAGAUUGGGAAAGGAGGCUUUGGACAUGUUUUUAAGGCAAAGCAAGAUCUUGAGGGGAAGGAUUACGCUGUGAAGAUUGUUCGAUGGACAACAAAAGCACAGCGAGAGGUUACCGCAUUAGCAGACCUUCAACAUUGCAACAUAGUUCGCUACCACACAUGCUGGAUUGAGGACACCGCAUACAAAUAUGAAAAUUCUGAGAGCUUCAGUGCCUCAAGCUCUAGUGGCAAUUCAACCACACAGUACUUAUACAUUCAAAUGGAGUUUUGCCCAGGGGACACUCUUAAGGUGUGGAUUGAUACAAUGAAUGUAGAGCAUCGCCGUCCUAAUCGUAGAUCCGAUGCCCUUCAUAUUGUGCAGCAAGUCCUGGAUGCAGUGCAGUACAUUCACUUCAAGAAUCUUAUACACAGAGACCUAAAGCCAGCAAACGUAUUGUUUGGGAAAGAUGGAGAGGUGAAGGUUGGUGACUUUGGGCUUGUGACUGCAGCAGACAAUGAUCAUGAUGAAAAUCUGCUUGAGAGAACGAAAUGCACAGGAACUAGGUCCUACAUGAGCCCUGAACAGAGGAACCAAACCACAUAUGACAGAAAGGUUGACAUAUUUGCUCUUGGACUCAUCUACUUUGAGCUCCUCUACAAUCUACAAACUGGCAUGGAAAAGCAAAAGAUUUGGGCAGAUGUAAGAAGUAAAAAGUUUCCACAACGGUUCCAUUCAAAAUUUUGCUUUGAACACAAGCUAAUUGAGCGCAUGCUGUGUGAGGAUCCCAAAGACAGACCAGAGGCCAGAGACCUGGUACCAGAGCUGAAGAAAUGUUCCUCCAUCCUACAGAGGGAGAGGAAAGAACUGAGAGAGAACCGAACAUACUGAUACAUAUAUGAUCCAUAAUGAACAUAAGGAGAAAGACUUUUAAUGUGCAAUCUCAUUUUUGAAUGGCGACUUCUAGACCAUUAUAGCAAACAAAGAUAUAUUGGUAUUUCCUCAUGAUAUUAUUUCCUUUCUGUACUUUAAUGUGCUUGUAUGAGACAGGUGAAGCAAAUAACUGUAUUUCCAGGCAAAAGUCUGAAUGCAGAUUUUUAAAGCUGUAUAUCAGGAAGUAUCUCCCCAUUUUCUGUGCAUAUUGGCAAAUGCUCUUUCUUUCUAAAUAAGAUCAGUUACUUUUGGAAGAAAUUCAACAUACAUGACCUUUGUGUA